GGAGUUGGCUGAAAAACUCUCGACUGCUAUCGUGUUCCGCUGUCUUGAGCAUGGGUGUCCAUGCAAGGGCAGUGUCGGCCGCUCUGCUCGUGAUCAUCGGAUCGUGCUCAGGCCAGCAAUUAGCUGGAGCAUCGCUGAACUCAUGUGUCCCCGCGGGAGAGUGUCUUCCUUGCGCCAAAUCUGAAAUGAGCGAACCCUUUUGCAAAGCGAGCGGACACAAGCUGGAGCUAUUGUGUUUAGUUGAUGGUGCCAACACUACAACGUUCAAGUCCUGCACUCUUGUUUCCACUGCGUACCAAGGGUUCCAUGACGUCAUGAUGUUUGAGGUGGUGAUGCUCCUGGUGCUCCUUGUGGCGUUCCAAGCUCUUCGAAAAGAGAAAUUGAAACACGUGAGCUCGUUUGACAUGCGAAAGGAUCUCAAGCAGCCCAGCAAACCAUUUGAGAUUUGAUCAUGGAUCGUCGUUUAGACACCAUGCACUUUUCCUUCAUUUAUUCAAGCGAUCGCCUUUGGUCGUUUCAACGUGAACUUCAUGCAGCCCGUGUGAAAAUGGCGCAUUGAAUGGCUAUACACAUCGCACCUGCAAGCGCUGAGCCAGGUCAUAUUCAUGACACGAGAGCGCGGCCGAUGCGCAAAUAUGUUGGAAAGCAAAUAUCCUGGUCCAUGUGCA